AUGGCGGGGAAGAAGUGCGCCAAGUGCGAGCAGCCGUACUCAGGCUUCGGCGACACCUGCGGCGCCUGCAGGAAGAACAAGGGCGCAGCGCAGGAUAGCUUCAAGCCGGACACGGAGAGCUUCGCAGACACCUGCGAGGCGGCUCUUGUCAACGUGGCUCUCGAAAUGCAUCGGCUCAACCCCUGGGUCGAGCCCGUCGCGGACGAGGACGGCCACUCCGUUGACGCGCUCCCCGUUGCCAUUGAAGCUGGCUGGCGGGAUUCUGGGCCAACUGGUUUGGCCAUGCCGCCGUGCAGACUCUCGGGCGUUGGUGCCGAGACAGGCGGUGGAGGCUGGGUGGGCGCUGGCAGCGGCGGGGUCGGCAUCGGCGACGGCGAUGCGCAGUCCGCCACUGCACUCUCGUGCUGCCUCUCGAGCUGGUCGAAGGUGUUGGCCAGGUGGCAGCAGUCGACGAAGGCGGUCGUGCAGACCCUGGGGGCGUUCAAGGGCCUCGCGGAGCCCGCGGCGCAGGCGCCCUCGCCGAGGCCCGGCGGCGCCACCGGCUUCGGGGGCCGGCGGGCCGCGGCGGAGCGCCAGGCCGCCAGCGGCGCCGCGGCCGGCAGGAGCUGCCCCUCCGCCUCCUCGACCGCGGGCCCGCCCGCGCUGGUCGGGCGCUGCUACCGGGUGGUGCACAAGCUGCUGGUGAAGCGUGAGGAAUCGCCGGAGAGCCCGUUCGCCUGCUGGAUCAUGGUCGACGCCGUUGUCAAGGUCGUCGCGCUGGGCAAGGCCCCGGGGCGCCUGCAGGUCGAGGACCACCAGGGCCGCCAGGGCUGGACCAGCAUGCGCCGGAAGGACGGCCAGGAGCAGCUCAGCCUGGAACCCGAGGGUACCUCGACGAGCGCUGGAAGCGCGCCUCCGUCGCCACAGAAGCCGAGGGGCGGCGCCAGGAGGUGCGCCGGCAGGCCGCUCGCGAGCGGCGCCGGCGGCGCGAGGGACCCACACGCAGAGGCGGAGGAUCUGAUGCGCGAGAGGGAUUUCGAGAGGGCAGAGAACGUGUACCGCCAGGCCAUCGGAGAGCGCGAGGAGCGCCUGGGCGAGGAGCACCUCGAGACGCUGAGCUCCGUGCACGGCCUCGGGGUCUGCCUCGGGGGCCUUGGCAGGAUGGCGGAGGCCGAGGAGCUGCUCCGGCGCGCCCUGGCCGGGCGGGAGGCGGGGCUGGGCCGCGUCCACCUGGACACCUGCAGGACCUGCCACGAGCUCGCGACGGUGUUGUGGCAGGCGGGCCGAGCCGCCGAGGCGGAGCCGCUCCUGAAGCAGGCCCUGGAGGGCCGCGAGGCCCAGCUCGGGGAGGCGCACAACAAGACCAUGGAGACACAGUACAUGCUGGGCAUGGUGCAGGCCGGCUGCGGCAGCUGCAAGGGCUCCGAGAAGGAGGCCCCGCUCGGGCCGCGCGGUGGCCAAAGUGUCGCGUCUCUUUUCUUCGUCCUCGCCUUGUUCCUCCACAGCCAUUUGGGCUCGGCCCCGCGGUCGGCCGCGGCGAUGGCGUCGUCGCCGUGGCAGCCCGCGGCGGCGACCCUGCGAGAGGAGGCCGCCGCAGGCGCCCCGCAGGCGGAGGAGGACCAGCCGCUGCGCCCCCUCCGCGGGCAGGUGGCCACGUGCGCGCGCGACCUGACCGCCGUGCGCCAGGAGGUGCUGGCGCUGCGCCGGCAGUGGCAGGCGUCCGCGCGGGAGAUCGGCGAGCAGGUGAACACCGCGAACGUGCAGAUCUGCCGCCGGCAGGAGGACCUGGCCGACGGUGUGUGGGCGCGGCUCGACGCCCUGCAGGGCCGCGUGGAGCAGCUGGAGCAGCCGCGCGAGGGGGGCGGCAGAGCGGGCGGGCGCGCGGCGGUGCCAGAGGAGGAGGGCCUCGCGAGGGCGGCGGAGGAGAGCCUGCAGCGGGUCGGCGCGGUCGAGCGCGGACUGGCCGCGCUCGGCGAGGAGCACGCCGGCCUCGGCAGCGCGCUGCGGGAAGCCAGGGAGCAGGCGGAGCGACGGCUGGACGACCUGGACCGGCGGGCGGACGAGUCCCUCCGCAGCUCGGACGGCCUCGAAAGGGCGCUGGGCGCGCUGGCCGAGCGCCUGCUGGGCGAGUCGCCGGAGCGCAUGUCGCAGCUCGAGGAGAGGCUGCGCUGCUUGGACAGCGCCUUGGAGGACACCGUCGAGCAGAUUGCCCAGGAUCGCGGGAGGCUCGAGGCGCUCGAGGGCAGGGUCGGCGAGCAGGCCGCGAGGCACGAGGGGCUGGCAGCGGAGCUGCAGGCGGAGCAGGACAAGCACCUGCAGGAGGCCAAGGAUGCACACGCUAGCCUCGCCAACCUCGCCAACGUCACCCUGACCCUUGACGCGUACCACAGCUCCCUGAGGGAGCAGGUGGUCCGCCUGGAGGAGAGCGUGGUCAAGAGGUUCGAGGCCUCAUCGCGCGCAGAUGAUGAGGCCAGCUCCCUAAGGGAGCAGUUGGUCCGCUUGGAGGAGAGCGUGGCCAAGAGGUUCGAAGCCUCAUCGCGCGCAAGCGACGGUGCCAGCUCUCUGUGGGAGAAAGUGGUCCGCUUGGAGGAGAGCGUGGCCAACAGGUUCGCCUCCUCCUCGCGCGCGCAUGAUGAGGCCGGGGAGGCCCUGGAAGCUCUACAGGCCAGGAUCGCUACCGACGCGAUGGAGCAGCUCGCUGCAGUCGCGGAACUACGGGACACGUUCGUGGAUCAGUCGGAGGCGACCUUGGUUGAGCUCCGCGCCCGUGUCGAGAGCGUCGAGCGAUGCUUGCACGAGUCGCUCGCAAAGCAGGAGGACUGCCUCGCGGCGAUGCAGGCGGCGGACGCGAGCGCGCGGGCGGCCACGCGGGCGCUGGAGGCCACCGCGGCGCGCGACGGCGUGGCGGCGCUGGGGGCACGGCUGGAGCGACUCGAGGCUGCGCAAUCGGUGCAGAGCGCCGCGGCGCACGAGGGCGCGGCGCUGGGGGCGCGGCUGGAGCGGCUAGAAGGCGCCCACCUGGAGGUCCGGCUGGUGAAGCUGGAGCGCGCGCGGGCUGAGUCUGGCCUGUGCCGGGCCGCCGAGGAACUGACGAGCACGGCUGCGUCCGAGGUGUUGGUGGGCUCGCUCGCGGACCUGCGCUCGCUCGCCAGCGAGGCCGCCGCCCUGGACGUGUGCCGCACGUCGCUGCAGGAGCGCGUGGACCGGGUGGAGCAGCUGCUCGGCGUCGCGCAGCAGGGCCACUGCGGCGGGCCCCCGCCGGCCGACGCUCGGUCGGCCGACGCGGCCGCCACCCGGUGCCUGAGCAGCUGCCUGGAGAGGCUGAUCCAGGACCUGGACGCCGUGCGCGGCGGCCACCGCGGGCUCACGGGGCAGGCGGCGGCCCAGAGCAGGCUGCUCGACGAGGCCCUCGCGCAGCUCCGCCAGGAGCGCGCGACGCGCGAGGCGGGGCUCGACGCCGCGGCCAGCCGCCUGAGCCGCGUGGAGCUGGCGCUGGCAGAGGAUGUCCUGGACUUCAAGGAUGUCCUGGACUUCAAGGACGUCCUGGACUUCAAGGAUGUCCUGGACUUCAAGGAUGUCCUGGACUUCAAGGAUGAGCCGUCCGUGGGGGGUUCGGUCGGUGUGCGCGGGUGA